AAGAGAUCAGGAUAUUAGUUCAACUCUUUUGGAUUGCUGAUUAUGAAUUUGAAGUCACAAGUCCGGGUCACAAGCUUCCAGUGAAACGAAGAAAAUGUCUGGAAAUGGGGUUGAAAUAAGGAAUAAACUUCUUGAUCUCCUUCCGGGUGAGUUUGCAGAGAUGGGGGAGACACCUGAGUUCUAUGAUGCAGUUGCGCAACAUUGCAAAAGGCUGCAAGAAUUCUUUGAAUUUCUGAAGGAAGAACAUGCUGAACUGGAGAAGAAGAACAAGGAAAAUGGGAAGGGCUAUUUCCUUCAACAUUCUGAAGUUAUGAAAAUUCUUAUGCCUGGAACAACUGAAAAGGUGAACCAAGUAGUGGCCCAGAGUGUAUCCGCAGAUGUCUUGGAUGAUUUGGAUGACUUUAGUGAACAAAUGCCAUUCAGCUCAGGUCUCAAUGGAGAAGAUUUGGUAGCUUGUGUCAUGCAACAAGAACAGAGCAGACAAGCACAGGAAGAACAACUUGCAGCUGCAGCAACAAACUUCUUGUCAACUAAAGCAAGUGAGCCUUGCAACACAGGAUCGUGGCAGUAUUAUAGUCUCAGGAAUCUGCCCAUAACAACUCCAACUGUGCUGAAUAGAGGAUGUACAAUGUCUCCGGUCGUAUCACCAAAUAUAGAAAACACUUUGAAAGACCCAUUCCCAAUGCCCAAAGCUAAACUUGAACAGAUAGGUCAACCUGACACAAUUCAGAAUUCAUGGCCCAUACCUGCAUCAAACUCUUUUACCCCCAUUGACUACAUGUUCUGGAGUGGAUAUGAAAAUGGACAGUUUCCUUAUGUGCCCCCUACAGUGGAUGUUAACAUUCAGAAUUCCCCAUUGGAUUUAUCCCAGAGGUCUACACUAACCACUCUACAAUCGAGUAUACCAUCUGCUUGUGGAGUGAUGCAUUAUGGGAUAACUCAACUUACAGCCAGUUCAACUUAUUUUCAAUCAAAAUCCAUGCGCCAAAAUCAACAAGUUCAUCCCUAUGCAAAUGUAACAUACAACUCCAGCCAAUCAAAUUCAUUUACAUCUAACGACAACCAAUCAGAAGCCAGCAACAAUGACAUGCCAAGCAUGCAUGAUAUCACUACAGCCGAAAGCCAGUCACAACUGAACAGAAUAAACCUUGAAGCUGAGAUUCAGCCAUUUGAUAUGUACCUGAGUGAGCUUCAUAGGAGCAGUGGUAGUAGACGGAGCUACGAGAGCAGUUCGGGGGUUAGCAGUCUUGACGAACAUGACCCACAGAGAUUGAAGGAGAUCGAAGAGUUGGAGGAAAUCAUACAGAAAGUUGGAUAAGGAUUGAAACAUUAAAGAAUUGAGAAAAUCAUAUUUUAAUGAGUGAUCAGAAUAGAAAUUUAGCAGGUUAUAGAGAGCUAUAUGGGCUACUAAGCAUUAUCAUCUCUGAACUGUACUGAAAUGUCAGAAAUUGAGACUGUAAAUAUUUUUGAAGAUCAUGAUGUGAAAUCGUAUAUUUGCUGUUAUACUAGUACUGAGAGAUCAUGAACUAGAGUUUUUAAAAUGUUUAUAUAUUACAUAAAUAUAUCUUUAAAAUUGUGCAAUUUCCAGAAAGUCGGCUGAUAUUAAAAAUACUAAGCACAAACAAUUUACCUCAUCAAUAGUAAAUUAGUCUAUAUUGGAAUAAAUAAAAUACUGGAAAUUAAAAAUUCUCAUCUUCACAAUCUAGAAUCCAUACAUAUAGUCAAGUGAGCUGUCAAAACUACAUAAUGUACAGAAUUUUAAUUUCAUUGUACACAGGCCACAAAUCAACCAGCAACUCAUGGAGUCCUGAGCUCAUGCAAUAGGGUGUACUUAAAUCAAGGCUAUCGUUCUGCACUUUGAGUUGAGUGCAUGGCUGUCAAUUAUGCAAUGCCAAAAUGCAAUAAUCAAAACACUGAUAGAAAAUGAUGUAUAUAUUAAGUGUGAAUGUAUAUGAAGUUAAAAAUAAAAAAUGAGAUGUAAAUAUUG